UUCAGAUGUGAUAGGAAAUACAACUUAUAGUAAUGGGAGGAAUACGCUUUCUUUGCAUUUUACCGUCAUAUUUUUUUGUUUUAAACAUUUUGAUUGCGAAAUUUAAUUUAAUUCAAACACAAAGUAAUGGCCCAACAACUGAAAGAUGUCCUGAGGGAUAUAUUCUUUACACAAAUCAAUUAUGCUAUCCGAAGGGAAAUUCGAUGAAACGAUGUCCAGACGGAUAUAUUCGUUACACGAACGAAUUGUGCUAUCCAAAAGGAAAGAAAUCGGAUGAAAAGGAGACACAAUUCCAACAAUCAGCAAUCGUUGCCACACUUAUUACAACUGCAUUGCGUUCGCCUGUGGGACAAAAAAAUAAUAGCUGUCCAUACGGUUCUAUUAUGAUCAAAAAUAAAUGUCGCAAAAUUCUGUGCUCCUUGGGAGAAUAUUACAAGGGCUCAUGUUUACAUCCAGUUUGUCCCUCAGGAUUGGUAUGGCGUGGUAAAAAAUGCCAAGAACCAGGGUAUAUCACAACAGUGAUUGAAAUUCAAAAUGAUUUCGUUAGCCAUGUGAAUGAAAACCCAAUUGCCUUGUCAAAGAGCCAUAAAAAUAAUGUUGUAUAUCGUUCAUCAACGACAACCACUCAUAAACCCUUCACUACGUCAGCAAUGCAACAAAAAAAUACAACAAUACCAACAUACGUAUCAACAUCGACUACGACAAACAGUCCAAUAAAUUCCCAACAUAUUGACUGUUGUAAAGUGUUAACUCCGCGGAUUUGCAAAUUAUAUGGUGAAAAAUGGGUGUGUUUCAAUAGAAAAUACCAGCGCUGUGAUAGCCGCAUUUGUGCAUCACCAGUUGUUUAUUUGAAAGCACCUGCAAUUAAGCACGAACCUCCAGUGCUUAUAAUGCCCCCCAAUCCACAACUGACCGACUGUGAAGCAAAUGAUUGUCGCAAUAAUUUAAAUGUUGAUUGUUCUGGGUGCGCUACCCUUCGUUCUGAAAAUUGUUCUCCAUAUUGUUACCAGUACAUUUGUCCAACUGACACUUGUUCUUUUAUGGAUUUAAAUGAAUAUUGCAGUUAUUAUUCAGGACAAAGUGGAUGUUUGCCUACAGACGGUUGCCUUUGGAAUUGGUGCUAAGGAAAUACAUAUAGCACAUUUAUUUAUGUAUAUUUAUCAUUAAUAUGUACAAUCUUAUCUGAAAUUAUCAAAUAUAUGAAAAAACGUAAAUUUUACUUUUAGAUACAAGUUUAUGUAGUAUGUGCUUUAAAAUGGCCCAUAUUUU